UCUCCCAACCUGCCCCGCGGCGGGUCCAAGUACUGUGGACUCUGUGGGGAGUGAAGUUGUGGAGAAGGAGCGGAGCGAGUCGUUCCCGCAUCCUCGACCUCCCGCCUCCUCGACCCGUCGGUCGCCGACCCACCCUCCCGCUGCGGAGGAAGCCGUGCGGCAUGGAGCGCUGGAAGGGACGCGUGGCUCUGGUCACCGGAGCGUCGGUGGGGAUCGGCGCGGCCAUCGCCCGGGCCCUGGUCCAGCACGGCAUGAAAGUGGUGGGCUGCGCCCGCAGGGUGGACAAGAUCGAGAAACUGGCUGCUGAAUGCGAGAGUGCUGGCUACGCAGGCACCCUGGUCCCGUACAAGUGCGACUUAACCAGCGAGGAGGAGAUUCUCUCCAUGUUUUCUGCCAUCAAGACACUGCAUCAGGGUGUGGAUGUGUGCAUCAACAAUGCAGGACUUGCCCAUCCUGAACCACUGUUAUCAGGAAAAACAGAACUCUGGAGAAACAUGAUUGAUGUUAAUGUGAUAGCAAUGUCUAUCUGUACACGAGAGGCCUACCAGUCAAUGAAAGAGCGGAAUGUUGAUGAUGGACAUAUCAUAAAUAUUAAUAGUAUGAGUGGUCACCGAGUAGCUCCAAACUCAGCCAUCCAUUUCUAUGCUGCUACAAAGUAUGCUGUAACUGCCCUCACUGAAGGGUUAAGGCAAGAGCUCCGAGAAAGCCAGACGCAUAUAAGGGCAACGUCUGUAUCUCCAGGGUUGGUGGAAACAGAGUUUGCAUUUAGACUUCAUAAUAACGACCCAGAAAAAGCUGCCGCGACAUAUGAGAGCCUGAAGUGUCUGAAAGCAGAGGACUUGGCCAAUGCAGUUGUUUACAUCUUGAGUGCACCAUCUCAUGUCCAGAUUGGAGACCUUCAAAUAAGGCCCACGGCCCAGCUGUCGUAGCAGUGAGAAGCAGCAGCUCCCUAUACACGACUAGCAACAUGAGUUAUAGCACACAAGCCUCUGCUGGACAUUUUUUUAAAACAAAAUGUUAUGCUAAAGAGUGUUUCUGGGAUAGAUGCCCUAUUUCAUUUGGCCACAUCGAAAUGGUAGAAUUUGCCUUCUAUUUGCACCAGAUAUUCUUUACAAUGGAGCAGACCAUGUUAUUUUAAAGCAAACCAUUUUAAUUUUGUGUCUCUUCGAACUGCUGCAGACCAUCUUGGUGCCAGCUGUGGCAUGAAAGAUACAAAAAUGUACGAAGGGCGAUUGCUUGUGUGUGUGUGUGUGUGUGUGUGUGUGUGUGUGUGUGCGCGCGCGCGUGUGGAGAAAUGAUGCUCGACCACCUAGCUUUCCACUUCGUUGGAGACUUUUUUAUUGUUUAAACCGAGCUGUUUGACUAUUUGUAGGUGUGCAUAUCUGCUGAUCUCCACACUGGAUUGCACUGAAAAUCCGUUUAGUGAAGAUGAAUGAAGACGUAAACUGUUUUCAAAGGAAUUAUUUGAAAGGGGUAUCAUUGAAAAUUGAUUGUAAUAGAUAACUAGUCUCAUUGCUAUAGAGUGAUUACAUUAAUUACUUGUGUUUUUAUUGCUGCUUUAAUAUGGAUUAGAAUAUUACAGACCAGGAAAUAGGUUUCUCUAGUUUUUAUACCUAAUUUUUUUUUUUAAAGAGAGAAACCUAGAUUAUAGAAUAAUGAUGAGACAAAAUGAUCUAACAAGUUCUCUUUUUAGUUUUUCUUGAUUAAGUUAAAACAUCUCCUGACAGAGACCUAAAUAAUAACUGCACUUCACCAGCUUAUUAGAUAAAGUUGUUCCAUGGCCCUCGUCAUUUGUGUCCAAAAUUGAAAGGAUUUUUUGGGGGAGCUCAGUAUUAUUGAAAUUCAACCUAUUGAUUUUUAAUUCCCUUGGCUGUAACCUCUUUGUGAUUUGUGGAUUUGCUUCUAAUACUUCUAGAUAUUGGUUUUCAUUUCAAUCUUAAAGUCGGUAAAAUAUGAGGUAAAGACCCAAUUAUGCAACAUAAUUUCAAAUAGCCGAACAAUAUUUUGAUUCCCAAAUAUAGACACAAGGAACUGCAGAUGCUCCCCUUCCCAUUCCCAAACUGGCCUUUAUGACCUGGGCUGCCUCCAUUGCCAGGGUGAGACCAUACGCAAACUGGAGGAACAACACCUCAUAAUUAACCUUGAACCCAAUGGUGCCAACAUUGAAUUCUCCAAAUUUAGGUAACUAACUAAUCUACCAACUUUAACUCCCUCUUCCCAGUGCCCCACCUGGAUGUGUACACCCAUUUCUCUAUUUCUCCAUUCACCCUGUCCCUUACCACCCAUAUUUCUUCCUCUCACUUCACAUUUCGGAUGUCUUCGAUCCUUAACUCCUUAUCUUGCACUUUUGGUUUUUCAUCUCAGGCCUUUGUCCAACCUUCUGCCAUCAAACGCCCUCUCACCUGUAUCCUGCACCCACUAUAACUUGUCAGACUUUGUCCCGCCAUCGUCUCUCUUCCUGCUUUCUCCAUCCCUACUGCAAUCAAUCUGAAGGGGCCCGACCCGAAACGUUGCCUCACCUAUCCAUGUUCUCCAGUGAUGUUGCCUGACCCGCUGAGUUCCUUCAGCACUUUGUCUAUUUUUGCUACCCAAGUCUGUAGUUGAGUGGUGAUUGAACAGGUAUUCCCUUAAAAUGAUGUGUUCAAUGUGUACAUGCAGUUUUUGGCAGUAAUCUUGCAUUGUACAUGGUGAUGUACUUUUUAAUGGACAUUACCUUCAUUUUAAAAUACCAUCAUACUGUAUUAGUUAAAUGUGAUUCAUUAAUGUCCUGAUAAUUCCACAUCUUGAGCUAUUUUUCAGAAAUUGUUUUCCAGAAGCAUGCCCUUUGGUGAUUCAGAUGUUAAUUUGGUGUAAUGUUCACAAAUCCCUAAUCAAUAAAGUUUAAAAGGGGGCUCUUAGCUUCAAGGGUUUUUUUAAAUCACCUUUAACCGUAUUUGAUAAUACCACAGUUAUAAUUUAAAGUUUAAAUAAUUCUCUUCCAAGUUCCAUUAAUUCUAGCAGAAUAAUGACAGAUUUGUUUCUUAAUUUUGCCAUAUCGGCCUGUUCUGGCACUUUGAACACGGGAUUUCACUGUGUGACACUACCACUCUCAACCCGUGUAGUCUACACGAACCUUUCAAGGUGAAACCCAAACUGUUUAUUUUGUUCUUUUUGUGCCAAAUGAGCUUGAGCCACUAACAAACUACUUGUUGGAGCUGGUUCUUAAUCUCCUAUGUGAACCUUCUGUGCACUGAGGUACUUAACUCCACACAAAAUCCAUAUGUAACUUUUUAGACAUCGUUUUACCAUAAACUGCACCAUUAACUGUUUUUAAUAUUUUAAAUAAAAUUACUGAACAUAAAGUAAGGGGAUGUGUGUGGUAAACCAUUAGUCACCACUAGACAGAGGUAUAUUUCCGAUUGUUAUGAAUGUAUUUAUUUUUCUGCCACCAUGAAAAUGCAGACGGGCAAACAGUUCUGCCCUUGUUUCUGAUGCUGAUCAUAAAAUAAAUGUAACAGUUGUCAAGUUUAUUUGUGAGUGGGAGGUAUUUGAGUGUGUAUAAGAUGGAAGGGAUGAUUGAGGAUUGGAUGGAGUUGAACUAUUUCUAGUGUUUAAAGCUAGGAACUGCUUACUGCUUGUAUAAGUGUUGUGAGUCAAUCUGUACAGGCACCAACCAGUUAUGUCCUCUGAUCUUUCAGUGUACUUAUUUUCUUGCUGAGGUAAUUGAGUAAUGAAUUUGGAGUUUGUAUGUUCUCCCCGUGACCUGCAUGGGUUUUCUCCGAGAACUUUGGUUUCCUCCCACACUCCAACGACGUACAGGUUUGUAGGUUAAUUGGCUUGGUAUUAAUGUAAAAUUGUCCCGAGUGUGUAGGGUAGUGUUAAUGUGCAGGGAUCACCGGUCGGUGUGGACUCGAUGGGCCGAAGGAGCCGAUUCCGCGCUGUAUCUCUAAACAAAACGAAAAAAAUAGCACCAGGAACUUAAGUUUGAUUUUCUAUUACUUUUUGAGGCACUUUAUCCUACUAACACCAAACUGUGAGCCAGUGGUAUAAACAUUGGCUUGUUUAAUCUCUGACUAAUAUUUUACAUGAAUAAUGAAGUGUUCAAACAUGGAGAAUAAUUUCUGCUGUGUUCUAACCAUCCCAACUGCAAUCUGAUAUUUUGUUUUUACAUAGCAAAAUAGCAGCAUUCCAUUGAAUUGUUCAUAGCCUCUUGAUAACGUACUGGUUCUGCAUGGUAUUGCUGAAUAAUUAUCUCUGUAUUAAUGUCUAAUGUGAAAAAUGAAUAAUAAUACGGAUGUUGCAUUGAUGUGGCUUUAAGAGCUAAUGACCGUUAUUAGCACUGUUGUAUAACUUUUUAAUCUAAAUUCUAGGCAUGUCUCCAGCUUAUCUUAAAAUUCUCCCACUAUUGCUUUUUCCUCUUUGUGCCACCGUCCCCUUUCACCCAAAUGGCAGCUUGUGCUCAACUCUAUUAGCGACUCUUGUGUCAGCCAAGUACUCCGUGAUACAAAAACAAUUGCCUGUUUAUUCUUUGAAUAAUUCAGAGGAAUAAUUACGGGGGCAAUAAUGAAGAAUAACUUCUGCCACGCUGUGUCCUUGAAAUCUAAUGUUGGUAAAAUUCACCACAUAAGUGAAUUCACCACAUCUGCAAAAUUUGCUUCAGACAUAUGUUUCUGUGGUCUUUACAAUUUAACAUUAAAUCUGCACUUGAAUGUUGUCUUUAACUCUGAGCAAACUCUGGUAAUGCAACUGGGUUUUAUAUUAAUUUGUGUGCAGUAUUGUAAUUUUGUAUAAGGUGAAAUUCAACAUGAAGGAUCCCGGGUAUGAAGUGUCCCUGUCAACCAAAGUCGCAUUCUGUGGUUCAGUGCUCUACCAUCACUUAGGCAACUGCUGAUUUUUGAUGCUAAAAUAGUUGAGGUUCAAUAAUGUGGAGAUUGGGAUAAUUAUCAAAUGUUAAAACUUGAAAUUAUGGGCUCCAGAUCGCUUGAAAGUUGUCGUGUGAAAGUAUGGCAGUGAAUAACUGUACAUCUCAUUGCCUGGUUUUCAAAAUUACUGCAUAUAGACUUGAGUUGGUGUUACUUGGGCAAUCGUAUAUUAGGAGCAGGCAACAAAAACAAUUGAUAAGCUGCAAAAUUCGAAGGCACUUCUACAUUAAGCUUGUUUUUGUAAAGAUCAAAUAAUAGAUCCUGUGCCAUUUAGACGUACACAGCGAGUACACUACUUUUAAUGUUUAAACAAUCUCACUUUUACAAAUGUAGUAUACUGAAUUAUCUAAACUUGUCGGAUAUAAAUGAUAAAUAAAAUAUUGUGCCACAUUAUUACUUAAUUUGUACUGAAAACCCAGAAGUGACCUCUAGUUGGAGAAGAUUAUUUCUUUUAUUCUACCAAGCAUUUGUUUUUGUUAUUUUUUUGUAGUUCAGACAUUUUGAUUUACAAUUGUCAAAGUGGCAUUGCUGUAAUUAUGUACCAUAUCAAUGGAAUCAAUGAAAUGCUAAGAUUUAAAACCCCAGUUUCGUCGAGAAUGACUGCACAAAAAUAUUACAAUGUUAGAAAUUUCCAGCUAGUCUGUCCAUGAUUUUCAAGGCAUUCACACUCGAUGUAAUAUCAGUACUUUUUUUUCUCUCUAAGUUCUGAUAAUUCGCCACUCGUCUUGUCUGCUGUCCACAAGAUUGUUAACGUCCAAUGCAACUUAUUUUUGUUUAAAUUUCCAACAUUCUGCUCUGAUCACUUUUUGUUAUGAAAUAAUCCAAAACCUGGAUUUAUUCAUUAAUACGGCGUUUCUUUUUAUAAGGUUAGGCUUUCAUAAUACAAAUCUAGAUUAUUUUCUACUUCAGUUACAAUGGCCCUUUUGAUAGGCUUUAUGUAUGUAGUUCACAAGGAAUUGAGUUCCUAACGUACAUAAACAGGUCAAAAGUGGCAUCAAAACUGUGUCCACGUGGAAAUAUCUGUGGGACGAAUGAUCGGCUUAUCGCCAGCACACAAAUUGAACUUCAUACUAAUGUUGACUUAGUUUAGCAACACUUUUUAUUUAACAUUUGGAGUUGGUUUCAAAUAAGCAGGAGUUUUUCAGUUAUUACUUGAUCAACACUACUGUACUGUUGCUGUAGAAAUUAACUGAUGCUGCUAAAUUAACAAAAAAAAUGUUAAGUAUUACUUGAGACAUUAUAUAAUAAAUAAUCCUCAUUAUGAAACUGGAUCCUGCUGAAUAUUGUGAAAUUAUAUUCUGGUGAAAACUCUGAUCAUUAAAUGAAGAUGGUAACAAA